GUCGCGAUAGUUUACAUUGUGGCAGUUGGUGGUAUGUGAAGGAAACAUUCGCUAAGGGAAGUUGUAGAUGUAAGCCAACCUGUUAGAUGAUAAAUACACAUUACACAAAUUUAUUCUACAAGUCGGAAAAACUGGGGUAAAUCGUGCUCAUAUUCUGAAGACAUUAAACAUUCGUAGAUCAAAACCUUGCGUUAAAAACGUGUUUUACUUUGUUGCAAACGUGAAGAUGGCGACAAACGAACUAGCUGAGAAAUUAGCCAGACGGGAUGCGAUCAACGAAGGGCAGGAGGUGCCCGCAAACAAGUCAGGCCCGUGGAACCCGUAUACGGAGUUCAAAGAAUUUACAAGGAAGCAAAUCAAAGAAUACGAGAAAAUGUUUAAAAAGUAUGACACAGGUAAUGAUAAAUACAUUGACUUAAUGGAAUUGAAAAGAAUGAUGGAAAAGCUGGAAGCACCGCAGACCCACCUGUCCCUCAAGAAGAUGAUAAAAGAAGUUGAUGAAGAUCUUGAUGAAAAAAUAAGCUUUAGGGAGUUUCUGUUAAUUUUUAGAAAAGCUGCUGCUGGGGAACUGGAUGCUGAUAGUGGUUUGAGUCAGCUAGCUCAACUGUCAGAAAUCAAUGUAGACGAAGAAGGAGUGGGUGGUGCUAAAAACUUUUUUGAAGCUAAGAUAAAUCAAAUACAAGAAUCAAAUAAGUUUGAGAAGGAAAUCAGGGAAGAACAAGAAGAGAGAAAAAGGGAAGAAGAAGCAAGGAAAUUAAGGAAAGAGGCAUUCAUCGAAAAACAAAAGGCAUUUAAAGUACAAUAGGAUAGCUUUGAUGAGCAUAGUGAUGUCAUCAUCAUGUCUGUUCAAGCAUAACUAAUGUAUUACUAUGUGCUUGAAUGAGCAGGGUGUGAAGUUGCUGUAAAAUUUGUACAGGUCCUUUAUAUAUAGGAGUUCUGGAAAAGGUAAGGGUGCUUCCUAACAAUUUUAAGGCGAUCUAUAUUUUCAAAUAAGAAAGGUGUUAUAUAUUUUAUCGUGCCUUUAAUUGAUAUUCUGCAUCUAGAUUAGAAGGAUAUAUAUUUGCGUAUCUGUAAUAUAGUUUUAACGUCUUCAAAGGGACCACAAAUAGUUCAUUUCACUGUGCGAUCAAAUCUAAAUUAGUCUUCCAAACUGAUUUUAAUUCAUCUAGUUUCAUCAUGUUUUCAUUUAUUUGUAAGUGAGUGUUCAUCCCUGAAAUCUACAGUGUUUGUUUUUCUAAAUAUGUCCAAUAAUCUUUGUAUUGUACAGAGUUUCUUCUAUUUAUGGAAUACCGCCCUCUACAUGUUAGUGAUAAUAGCAUAACUCUAUUCAACUUGCAUUUGUUUCUUAAAGAGAAAAAAAAUUCUCAUCUGAAAACUAUGUCUGUGUACAUAUAAUAUUUAAGCUAGCCUGGCUUGCAUCUAAGACACUGGUGGCACUGGAGGUGGGAGGAAGUCAUCGGACAAUUUCCCUGUCGGACAAGCGUUGACCCCCGAUUAGUUGGGGGGUAAACUAAAAACUAUCAUUUUAUAUAUUUUGUAGAAUUUAAACACACAAAAAGAUCGUUUUUGGACUAUUAAUUUUACAGAAUACUUUUGAAUGAUGAGUAAUAUUUGACUUACAAAUAAUCAUUUUGUUGAAAUACCGUAAAACCUUGAAUUAAAGUCCAAUGGGCUUAAUAUUGAGAAGACGCCCAUCUCGAAUUGAAGCCCCCUCUAUAGUUUGCAAAAUUAGCCUCAAAAAGAAGGCUGUCUCAAAAUUUCAAGAUAGCAUAGGCUUCUGUUCUAAAUAGUACAGUACAUACACUGUACAAGAAUUUCAAAAAACAAAAUAAAGUAAAAACAAGCUUGGUUUAUUCAGUAGGUGAUUUAAUGCCAGUUAAUAUACUCCAUGACACAGAUUGAUGGUACAGUGGCCUCGUUUAUUGUUUUAUAGUACAUAUUUCCAAAAUUUACAGCAUUCAUUUUGAAAAGAAGCCCCCCCUCCCCCUUCUUUGCUUUGCAAAAGCAGCCUCGAAAAGAAGCCCAUCCAAAGUUCACAAAAAAAAUAAUGAAUCCCAGGGCAUCUAUUCGAGGUUUUACGGUAGUGUUCUAGACAAAUAAAAAAUUAUUAGUUUAUGUUUUUGUAUAAUAUUGCUAAGCUUUGCUGGUUACCUUUAUGCUGAGUAAUUAAUUUAAGUAUUGACAAACUUAAUAUACUAUUUUAUAAAAUAAUUUAUUCAUAAGAAUAGUUCUUAGAAUGAGUUUUCGAGAAUUAUCAGAAACAUUUCACAUUUUUAAAACUGUUUUUAUAUCAACAUUUUCUAAUUCUACACUUUUUACUGUUUCAGUUUAUUUUGGCAUAAAUACAAAAAAAAAUCAACAUAGAUAUAAUUUUUUAUAACAUUUUUAAUAAUAAUAAUAAUGUAAUAUGUACAUGUAAGUCCAGAAGUUGUAAAUGAUAACAGUGAGAAAAUAUUUCCAAUUUACCUUCUUUUUGCUUAUUAAUCAUUAACUAUGCUUUAAUUCAAUUACAUUCUGUACAAUUACUUUAUUCUAUUUGCAUUAUUUAGUGCAUAAAACAGUCUGGAAACUGAAUUAUAAUAUAUAUAAACACACGUGCCUAUUUUUGUACCAUAAGAAUUAAACUUUGUGAACCUGAAUAUAACAAAAUAA